UCGUGUUAUUGUUGUUGAUGACUGAGAAUCAGAUCUACCCAUUAAUAACGCCCCCCUUUCUUCCCCCAUUUCUCAUCUCUUCUUCACUUACAGAGAUUCAUUCAUACUGAUGAAUCAUGAUUCUGUGAUGUAUAAAGAGAUAGAUUCAGUCCACUACUGUUAGUAUUACUAACAGUCGUUGCACUUUCUCCGUUGAUUUCUCAACCAGCAAUGAAACCACGCUACUUCAUUCAUUCUUCUUCUUCUUCUGCAUUCCACUGACCUAGAUUAUGAAAUAAAUCUCAAGAUGAUUGAACAGUUCAUUAAUUUCGUCAUCAGGCCACCCAGAGCUCAGUACGAUCCGGAGCAGUAUUUAUGGGAAAAGGAAUUUACACUUGCGGGUAGACAUUAUAGAAGAUUGGACAUUGAGAUAACAAAUAAAAGAGGGUAUGCAUUGCAAUGUAGUCAUUAUGUUCCAGAACCUUUCCCAGAUGAUACUGCUCUUCCUUGUGUCGUAUAUUGUCAUGGAAACAGUGGGUGUAGAGCAGAUGCGAAUGAGGCUGCUGUGGUUCUUCUUCCUUCGAAUAUUACUGUUUUUACUUUCGAUUUUUCUGGCUCUGGUUUGUCUGCUGGUGAUUAUGUCAGCCUUGGUUGGCAUGAGAAAGAUGAUGUCAAAGCUGUUGUUUCUUACUUGAGAAACAGUAAACAAAUAUCAUUUAUAGGCCUUUGGGGUAGAUCAAUGGGAGCAGUAACCAGCCUUCUUUAUGGAGCCGAAGACCCAUCAAUAGCUGGGAUGGUUCUCGAUAGUGCAUUCUCAAACUUAUUUAGUCUCAUGAUGGAACUCGUGGAUGUCUACAAAAUUCGGCUUCCAAAAUUUACGGUUAAAGUUGGAAUUCAAUAUAUGAGGCGUAUAAUCCAGAGGAAGGCGAAAUUUGACAUUAUGGACCUUAAUUGCUUAGAGGUUGCCCCCAAAACAUUUAUUCCUGCUUUAUUUGGACAUGCUAAUGACGAUAAGUUUAUUAAAUCUCAUCACUCCGACCUCAUAUUCAACACCUACGCGGGAGACAAGAAUGUAAUUAAGUUUGAUGGUGAUCAUAAUUCUUCGAGACCACAGUUCUAUUAUGAUUCGGUUUCCAUUUUCUUCUACAACAUUCUUCAGCCUCCUCAAAUCUCCCCAGCCAUUUCAAGUAACAUUGACAAGUAUCAUGACUUUGGAAACAUGAAGUUUGGCUCUGGUAUUGACGAGACAUUGUUGUUUGAGAUAAUUUCUGGUCUACAAACAAUGGGAGCUGAUGCAGCAGCAAGCUCAUCUUCACUUCCACCAAGAAGCGUUUCUUCUUCGAAUCCUAAACUUGUUGCUGAUCUUUCUGAAAUUGCCGCAUUUUCUAGUGAAGAAAUUGAUUUGAUGCCAAAUGAAAAUGAAGCAAAAGCCGAUGAUCCAUCACAGACACAGGAAAAACGGAUUGGUGAAAACGACGAGUCUUGCUCGUACACAAGCUCGAAUAGAGAGAGCUGGGGAAUAUGUUCAUCAUUAGGAAGCAAUGAUGAUCACCUUCCUUCAGAUGACACUACCAUCCCUGCCAAUGACAAUGGCCAUAAGACAAGUCCAGAAGAACCAGGUUCCAUUAUUCCUAAUGGGAAAAAGAAGAAAGGUGACAGCUCUCUAUCGUUUACAAGGAAACGCGACAAACAUCACGACAGAUUAGAUGCAUUUAAACAACGUUUCCGCCAUUGGAUCUUGAAUAGAAAGAAACGAUCAGGCAAAGCCGCUGCAAAUCCUUAAAGUCGUUCUUGGUUCGUUAAGUUGUGUUUCUUUUCGAAUUUUAUUAGUGUAUUUAGUUAUGACCAUCAGUUGUAUAUGUUGUUUCUAACUGUAGUAAUUCGUCGGUUGUUCUCGACUUUGUAUUGAUUGAUUCAGACGCUA